AACUAGAAUCCUCCUUGUCAAUUUCGAACUAAACUAAACCCUCGGUGCCUGGGUUUUGAAUCUCGCCUCGUCUCCGCUCUCUCCCACCUCCAUUUCUUCCGAUCAUUCGCCCUCGAAAUUAAAAUCCGGUUGGGAUUUUCAGACAGAGAGAGAAUUUGAGAGAGAAGGAGUAGAGAGAGAAAUGGUGAUGUCGGCGGUGGUGAACACGUACCCGCUGUCGAGCUACACGUUCGGGACCAAAGAGCCGAAGAUGGAGAAGGACACUUCCGUCGCCGAUCGCCUUGCCCGCAUGAAAGUCAAUUACAUGAAAGAGGGAAUGCGGACCAGCGUCGAAGCGAUUUUACUGGUACAGGAACAUAAUCAUCCCCACAUACUUCUCCUGCAGAUUGGAAACACAUUCUGCAAACUUCCUGGUGGACGACUGAAGCCAGGGGAGAAUGAAAUUGAGGGGUUGAAAAGAAAGCUGACCAGCAAGCUUGGUGCUAAUUCACCUGCCCUUGUGCCAGAUUGGCAGAUAGGAGAGUGCGUGGCUAUCUGGUGGAGGCCAAACUUUGAAACCAUAAUGUACCCAUAUUGCCCUCCUCACAUAACAAAACCCAAGGAGUGUAAGAAGCUUUUCCUUGUUCACUUAUCUGAGAGGGAGUACUUUGCUGUCCCCAAAAACCUAAAACUUCUUGCUGUUCCAUUGUUUGAGCUCUAUGAUAACGUUCAGAGAUAUGGGCCUGUUAUAUCUACAAUCCCACAGCAGCUUUCCAGAUUCCAGUUUAACAUGAUCAGUUCAUGAAGAGAGGAAUUUUGAAGUUGCUGUGAUAUCACUAUCCAGUAUACCGAAGAUCACAUCUUGAUAUCAUUGCGUGGAUAGCUAGAACUCAAGACCGGAUAUUAUUUUUAUAACCGAACUUAAGUUGGUUAGUGUGAGAUCCGUCAGUUUAUACAGAUGACCGAAGCAUAUCUUGUGGUACGAUUUGUCCAUCUAUAUUUGGUUAGUGAUUGUCUUUGCUAAUGCAUUUUACAUUACUCUUGAAACUUUGUCUGAACAGUGGUUAUGUUGUGCAAGUUCUUGUUUCUUAGCAAGAAGGUAUGUCGGUUACUUUA